AUGGAAAGAAAAAAUGCCCUCAAUGUUCGGAAGAUUUCAUUCAGACAAGGUGUUCCAGUUGACUUCACAGCUGCAAAGCUAAAAUCUGGAGCCGGGGAAAACGUGAUUUCAAUUUUAAGUACUCUUGCUGAUGCGGCUCUGGUUCAAAUUGGGUUCCAGUGGCAAAAAAUGAUUCCUCCAAAAGAAGAAGACGAAGAUACAGCGGUUGAUGAGCAGGACGAUGACGAUGAUGACGUGGCAGAAGAGCCGACAACUUUUCUUGAUGAUGACGAUGAUGAUAAUGUCAUCGAAAUUGAUUUAAAGGCGCAGGGAUUGGUUACAGAAUCGAAGAAUCCUCUCCAAAGUGUUCUUCAAAGCACCACAGAUUCGAUUUCCUGGAAACAAGAAGUGGAGAGAGUUGCUCCACAAUUAAAGAUUACAUUGAGACAAGAUGCAAAAGAUUGGCGUCUUCAUCUGGAACAAAUGAACUCAAUGCACAAAACAGUUGAACAAAAAAUUGGAAAUGUUGGACCCUUUUUGGAUAGUAUGUCAAAAGACAUUGGAAAGACUUUGGAAAGAAUUUCAGUUAGAGAAAAGUCUCUGAAUACUCAGUUGUCUAGUAUGAUGAGCAAGUUCAAAAGAGCCACUGAUACAAGAGCAGAAUUGAGGGAAAAGUAUAAAGCAGCAUCGGUUGGCGUGAGUUCUCGAACUGAAACCCUUGAUCGGAUAAGUGAUGAUAUUGAACAAUUGAAACAGCAAAUCGAGGAACAAGGAGCAAAAUCCAGUGAUGGAGCUCCGUUGGUGAAGAUAAAGCAAGCAGUGAGCAAAUUGGAAGAAGCGUUGCAGACAAUGAAUGUGCAGAUAGGAGCAUUGGAACAAUCGAUUCUGAAUACUUAUCUCAGAGAUCACUUCAACUUCAGUGCAAAUCUUCUGAACAUUGUCUGA